UUGUCACGGUGUACUUGUCGCAUGAUGGCGCAACAUGUUGUCUGCUUAAGCAUACCGGCAGCGCUUUUGUUACUUGUUUUUCUUCAAUCCAACUUUAUAAACGGUAAUGCGUUUAAAAAACUAAAAGUAACUGAUAAUUUGAAUGUGAAAUCAGUGGACGCCGUAAUUACAAAACUUUCUCACACGCGAGAGAACGUAUCCAUUAGCUCAAGUUUCCUAGUCGAAGUUCUCGGGACCGGCCUCGAAAAUAACGUUUCGUUACGCUGGUCACCUACAUUCGACAAUUGUGAUCCAAAAAAUAAAUUAAGUGCAAUUUGGAUCGCAUCGAAUGGUAGUCGUGCGAUAUAUAAGUUUGUAGAAGUUCCUAAUUUUAAGGUUACCACGAUCUAUUUCUGUCUGAGAAUCGUCAGCAGGUUUGGUGAAACAUGGACCAAUCUUGGAAGCAAUUUUACUAUCAGGGCCCCAGUACCAUCGGAAAAAUAUUUUCGUAUGCGUCGUGCCAAUUCAUUAGCCACUGUCAAUGAUGACCCUGAAAAUCUAUGGACUCAGCAAAAUUAUAAAGAUGUGUUUAUUGAGGGUCUGAGAAUAGAGACAUCAGACAAGGAUCCUAGUUACAGAGAUGAUGGUAUUCCAGAAAUACUUGCUGGAAGCAGGGCAGUUAUAAGAUUAUUUGGUUUUGGUUUUACAGAAGAUACUUUGAUUAGUUUCACAGAUGAACCAGCAAAGAGGGGUAGUAUUUGUGAUAAAAUUAAAAGCAACGAAUUUCUAGUAAAAAAUGUAAAGAACAAUACUGCAACUAUUGAUGUGGUAUUACCUCUGGGUUCACCAUUUUUCAUAUGUGUAAAACAACCAGUAUAUGGACAGGAUGGUCCAAAUCUUUUACUCUUUAAACAUCAAGGCACUGCAUCAUGGAGUACUAUAUACACAUAUGAGAAAUUUUUACCACUUUGGCUUAGUAUUGUAGUUAUUCUGAUGUGUUUGAGUUUCUCUGCUCUAUUUUCUGGGCUGAAUUUAGGAUUAAUGGCUAUGGAUAGAACUGAGUUGAAGAUACUUUGUAAUACUGGUACAGAGAAGGAAAAACAAUAUGCCAGAACAAUACAACCAGUGAGAAAUCAUGGAAAUUAUUUGUUAUGCUCCAUUUUAUUCUCAAAUGUUUUGGUGAAUUCGAUAUUCACUAUUUUGUUGGAUGACUUAACUUCUGGAUUAGUUGCUGUUAUUUGCUCUACUUUGGCUAUUGUACUUUUUGGUGAAAUUUCUCCACAGGCUAUUUGUAGCAGACAUGGAUUGUGUAUUGGAGCAAAAACUAUUUAUGUCACAAAAUUUACCAUGAUAAUAACAUUUCCAUUGAGUUAUCCUAUUAGUAAACUUUUAGAUAUUCUUCUCGGAGAAGAAAUUGGCAAUGUGUAUAACCGUGAACGGUUAAAAGAACUAGUGAAGGUGACUACAGGAUAUAACGACUUAGAGAAGGAUGAGGUGAACAUUAUUGCUGGAGCAUUAGAAUUGCGAAAAAAAACCGUCGCAGACAUAAUGACAAAAAUCGAAGAUGUAUAUAUGUUAAAUUAUAGUGCUGUUUUAGAUUUUGAAACAGUAUCAGAAAUUAUGAAGUCAGGUUUUUCCCGUAUACCAGUAUACGAAGGAACAAGAACAAAUAUAGUAACGAUGCUUUAUAUUAAAGAUCUUGCAUUUGUUGAUCCAGAUGAUAACAUGCCACUAAAAACUUUAUGUCAAUUUUAUCAAAAUCCAUGCAACUUUAUUUUUGAAGAUGUUACAUUAGAUAUUAUGUUUAAACAAUUUAAAGAAGGUCAUAAGGGUCACAUGGCAUUUGUACAAAGAGUUAAUAACGAAGGCGAGGGAGACCCGUUUUACGAAGUAAUUGGAUUGGUUACAUUAGAAGAUGUUAUAGAAGAAUUAAUUCAAGCUGAGAUCAUGGAUGAAACUGAUGUCUUUACGGAUAAUAAAACUAAACGCAGAAGGCAAGCUAAGCACAAAAUACAAGACUUUACCGUGUUCGCAGAGAAGAAAGAAAACCAACGAAUUCAUAUAUCACCGCAAUUGACUCUGGCCAUGUUUCAAUACUUGUCUACAACUGUAGAUGCUUUUAAGCCCGAUACAAUAUCGGAAACUAUUUUGCGUCGUUUACUUAAACAAGAUAUUAUUUAUCACAUCAAAGUGAAAUCACGCGAAAAGGCAAGAAAUGAUCCAGUAGCGGUAAUUUAUCAGCAAGGAAAAGCGGUUGACUAUUUCGUUUUAAUCUUAGAAGGGCGGGUUGAAGUUACAGUUGGAAAAGAGAAUAUGAUGUUCGAAACCGGCCCAUUUACAUACUUUGGUUCUCAGGCACUUACUGUGAAUGUUGGAAUCGCCGAAUCACCUACGAAUACAAACCCUCAAACAGUGGGAAGCAUACAAUCGAUCAAUCUAGAUUCUAUGUUACGGUAUACAUUUAUUCCCGAUUAUACAGUGCGGGCGGUAUCGGAAGUAUUUUAUGUUAAGAUUAAAAGAUCCUUAUACCUGGCUGCUAAACGAGCCACGCUUCUGGAAAGAAGCCAAAAGGAUUCAUUACCUGGUCAGGAACAAUUUGAAGACGAAAUAGAAAAGUUAUUGCAUUCUUUGGACGAGGAUGAUCGCAGCGUGCCAGAAUCUCCGGUGUUACAGAUCGACAAAGAAAAAGAAAGUAAAAAGGAAAAGGAAAAGGAAAAAAGCGGCGUGCAAUCUCCUGUUCAUAGUGCAACUGCUCCAACUUCACCCGCUCCAGUUAGCGCUAGCCCAGUUACCCAUUCGAAAUUCAUUUCAUCAUACAGCGAUCAUAAUGGCAAACUUAAAAAUUCACCUGCAAAGGCAACGGUAGUAACAAGUCCAGGUCAAGGACAGCCCAAGUUAGAUUUAGAUACAGAGAUUCUUGCCCGUCAAGAAGGAAACAGAGUUGUGUCCACAAAAAAGUUAAUCGAAGAUGAAGAGAGAACGAAUCUCCUGCCUAAGCAAGAAGACUCUUAACGUUCGGGGAAUAGUCGGCGGUGUUCAAACACGUCGUCGACGUUGGCAUUGCAGGUAACAAACAACGAAGAGCAGGAAAAACCUCUAUGACAUACAAUGCUAUCAUGGCAUUAGGUACUUAACAAAUUACUUAAAUAUUUAUCGCAAAACAAAUUGAU